UCUUGUACGGAUGAAUUUUUGUAUAUUCUGUAGCCGAGGGCUGAAUUAUGAAUGACCUCGUGUUUGGAAAUAAUUGCACUCAGAAGUGAUGCCCUGUUGAGUUUAUGUAGUAAUUUGAGAAUGUGGUGUUUGGCUCUGUCACCAGAAAUAGCAAUUUGUUUGAGACUGAACUGAUAUAUUUUCUCUAGUUGUAGAGUGACAUUUAGAUUAGAAAUUAAUAUUAAUAUUUGUUUUGCAGCAUCGAUGCAAGGCAAUGGGCAAGGUGCCAUGGAUUCAGGGGGAUAUUUCACUGACCUGAUUACAAACGGCUUUGUUGCUGGUCAUUCUGAAAAUGCACCUCCUGCUCAGGAAUUAGUUGCACAAGAUGAGGUUCAAGCAAGAAAUCCGAAAAGAACAAAAAAUUUCACAAUUCAUGAGGAUGAACAACUUGUCAAAUCGUGGCUAAACGUGAGCUUGGAUCCAGUGAAAGGUGUGGACCAAUCACGUACCACAUAUUGGAAACGAAUACAUGAACAUUUUCAUACGCACAAGGAUUUCUCAUCUGACCGCUCGCAAGGCUCUCUGAUGAACCGUUGGUCUGGUAUACAGCACGAUGUGAACCUCUUUGCGGGUUGUCUUUCUAAGAUUGAGGGCAGAAAUCAAAGUGGAGUGACCAUCGAUGGCAAGCAAGCAGAUGCAUUGAAAAUGUUUAUCAGAGAAGACAAGCAGCAUAGGCAAAUUCCUUACAAGCAUUGCUGGAAAUUAUUAAAAGGUCAAGCUAAGUGGGCAGAUAGGCAAAAACAGAUGGAAACUCAGAAGCCAAACAAUAAAAAGCAGAAGGUUUCAGCCAAUUCAAGUCAUACAUCAGCUACUCCUUUGCUGCCUGCUCCUACUGUUGAUGAGAAUCAACAUUCUGAUAGUGCACUUCAGAGACCUCAAGGGCAAAAGAAGGAGAAGCAUAAAUUACGGCAACAUUCUAGCAUCGAAGAAUUGGAUUAUCUUUUGGCAAAAAAGAAAGAAGCUGAUGCAGAGAAGGAGUUGAAGAAAGAGGAACGGUACAAGAAAGCCUUCACAUUGCAGGAAGAAAGGAUCAGACUGGAGAAAGAAAAACUUGAGUUACAAAGGGACCAAUUUGAGUUCUACCUAGAAGAAGAGAGAAUUAUGAAUAUCGACACAAGUCACUUGUGCACUGACUAACAGCAGUACUAUGAAGUUCUCAAAAAUGCCAUUCGUGCUAAGAUCGUGACUUGGCUAGCUAGCAGAUCGUGACUUCAAAUUGACGAAGAUGAUUCCCAGACGGCGGCUUACGAGACGCAAACGUCGCCGUGAUCCGAUAAGACGGGAGAUUAGGUGACGUGGCAGGGUUUUGAAUAUGGAGAGUCUUAAUUUAGAUAGUCUAUUGGAGUGGUCUAGUUUUUUUA